AUGCUUCGGCGAAGUCGUCUGUGGCGGCUUGGCAGCUACCGCCAGCACAGCGACAAGGAACGAGAUCGUAUUGCACAGGAACGUCAGAGACGCAUUCUUUACGAUCACGCCGGCAAUGUGAAACUCUCAGGUUUGCUAUUUCUUUUCUGGGAGGAGUUCCGCCUGCCCAUUCUUUGCGUUGCCGGGGGGAUCGUAUUUCUGAUUGGGUACAACAAACUCAUAUAUUAUUUGUCGGCGCAGGAGUUUGCGCAUGAGAAGUCAAUUGACCAGCAGAGUGAGGCAAACGCGCGGCUGUCAGGGAAGCUGAAAGGGGACCGUUAUUUGGUGAAGCCACGGCGUCAGCUAGAUGAUCCUGACUUUUUGAACAUCCCUUCGUAUGCGGGAAAAGGCGUUUACUCCAGCAAACUCUUUGAUGACGAUUCGGCAAGCACCGACCCCCUUUUUUCGGAGAAGCGGCGGAACUGA